CUUGCGUUCACGCCGUAAUACAAGAAGCACAAUAUCUUUAAACUUCUUCGGUACUCAGUUGAGGCUUCACAAUUCAACUUGCCACUUUUAAUACCAUUUUCAACAGUGCAACAGAGGAGAACGGAACGGUCUUGCCUAAAUUUAUGCUGUAUUUCACGGAUUCGGGAAAGUCACGAAAACAAAGACUUUUUGUUAUAUUUAAUAUUAAAAUAGCAUUAAUUUCACAAGCCAGAAAGUCCAGGUGUGCAUAACGAAAGACAUCCGCAUUCUAAAAUGAAAGCCAAAAAGAAGCACCCUGUGCCAUUUUUAAAAGCAGUAUUUUUAUUCUUUUAUGUGAUCCUACUCAGCAAAUCCGAAGACGUUAUUGCACAACCCUACAAACAACAACGCUGUUCGAGUCGCUUAGAAAACGCCUUAGAGCAUAUGCGUCGACGUAGUAUACCAGCGAAAAGUUCCAGAUCAUUUUCUGGUGAAACACCAUACACACUCUAUCAAACAUUCUAUGGUCAAAAUAGUGAACCAGAAGAUGAUUUUUAUUCUGGUGGCGAUCGAGGCUAUUAUGCAAAGAAUAUUCAACGUCAACCUCAAACCGAGACACCGGCAUACAUGGGAAGAUUAAAUAAUUUAUUCUCCUCAGACUAUACACAAAAUCGACGACAACCACAUAAAUUAGCUGCUGUCUCCAGCGUUGAUGUUGAGGAUUUGAGAGUGCGUCUGCCGUCGAAAUCCACUAGUCCGCGCUGGGUUGAGGUCGAUAAAUGCAGAUUCAGUACACAAAACUCAACGUUGGACACGCGUCUCAUAUUCCCCGAUUUAACAAUUAGUGGCAAAGUAGUACUGCAACCAACUGGUGGCAAAUGUCACAUGAUUUUACGCUUACGUCGUGCUGGUAUAGAAUUUCGUACCAUUCCAAUUGGUUUUGAAAGUGCUGUAAAUGAGGAAUCCCGUCGAAUCGGUGCCGCUUCGGUGCGAACGGAUUCCCAUUUUGCUGAGCCUGGAUUUAUAUCCGUUUUUGCACACGGUUGUCAGGGACCCUCGGCUGUGAGAUUGCGGCAAAAUUCCAAACGUCGAUUUGGUUUUGAAAGUGAAACAGCCACUCAGGGAACAGUAAAACCCCCAGCAGUCGAACUCUCAGAUCCUCAUGUCGUUUUGGGUACUGCAGCUACGCAAACACAAACAUCUGGAAACCGUUGGCGUAAAUAUUACAAUCCCUAUGCGUAUGAUAUACGAAGUGAGAAGUAUCAAAAAACGAAUGGCCGGAAUCAUGACCGUCACUGGCGCGUAAAUGAAGAUUCUAAUGAAAAUAUAUUUUACGAUGGACGUGAUAGUGAGAAUUUGGAUCGUGCGCAGUUUCGCGAAAAACGCGACAGUAAUACAUUUCGACAUGAAAUGAGUAAACCGACAUGGAGCGAUGAGUUCAGUUUCGAUGACGAUAUACUCAACAUAUCCGAUGACUUGCAAGACCUAAUAGCUCCAGAUGCUAGAGCUUUUGCAGAUCUUUUCAGCGACUUAAGGGGAGACAGCGAUGACUUCGAGCGGGAAAAUGUGCGCGAUCGCGAUGAGGCGGGAGACGCUUUCUCAAGUGAAUUGGAGAAGAUUUUUUCAAUGGGUGUACGGGGCUUACUAACUACAUAUAUGCAACGCGCUCUUCAACCGGCUAUUAAGGAAACAUUAAUGGAAAAUAUGGGUUACACCUUGAGUUAUGGCUGAUUGGGGAAAUCUGAGGAGUAGAAAUGUAUUUUAACAUUGCUAUGGUUAUUAGUUUAUACUUAAUUGAUACGGUUUUAGAAAAAAUAAUUAUUUAUAUAAAUUUUGAAAUCGUAAGCGGUAAUUUAUUUUAUAAUAUACAAGGUCAACACGUUAUAAAUGUUCUCAUAGUUUGUAACCAUAUUUAAUAAUAUGAUAAACAUUUUCUCUUAAUUUGGAAUAAUUAAUUAAUUAUUUCAUAAAUGGCUGGCUAUGAAUGGAAGGGUGCUAAAUCUAAUUUUUUUAGAAAUAUGAUAUAUUUUUAAUAGGAAAAAAUAAAAUGUAGGUAAAUCCUCUUUUAAUAAAACAAUUGAGAAUCUUUUUUAUCUUCCAUAUUUCGAUUUCUUAGAGAAAUUAGAUAUUUUUUUUUUUACUUUUAGACUUAUUACCUUUGCACUCUUAGCUGGCAAAAUAUACAUGUUGCUAACAAAACGUUGAUACGUAAAUUUAUGCAUGUAGAUCAAGUUUAAAUACGAUAAGAAUUUUUUGUUUAAAAUGUAAGCUUUAUUAAAAAUCUAUGUAUUUGUAUGUUUACC